UUCUCCAGUCUCCUCCUCCAGGGCUCCUCCCGGAGGCUCAUCCGCGUGCAGUGACCGGGCGGGAGACAGGGAGAAUGGUGGAGGACCCUGGCAUGGGGUGAAGCAAGGGGUCCCCUCUUGGAAGCUCAGGCCCCAAGCCGACCGACCGCGCGAGUAUAGCAGAGGAGAACCGUAAGUGAUGCCUGCUCAUCCGCCUCGGGUAGGGACUACAGCAGAGAGCUGUCUUAAUGCCCUAACACCACUAAGCCGCCGGAGCCCACAACUUGUGGUGCUGGUAUAGCGGCGAGCGCUGGCCAGACUUCUGCCCACAUUAGACAUGGCGGCGCUGACCUCAUAGAGACCUCUGCGCCUGUGCAGCGUCCCCCUCCACCCUAGCCUCGCCGCGAACAGGCAAGAGCUGGAAGUCGGACAUCCGCCAAGAGCACCUUUGGGCUCGCUUCUGCAAGUACGCAUGCGCCGAGCGUUUACGUGUUCUGUCAGCCCCAAAGGGCGCCUUUGCAUCCCUGCUCCGGAUUGGUCUAUGGAUAUGCCGUGUUGUUCUGCGCACGCGCUACUUUUGCUGACCCGGAAGUUAUCGCCUCACUUAAAAUCGUUGGACCGCUGCGCACGGCCUCUUCCUGUCUGUGCCAGGGCGGCGCGUGGUCCACGCCAAGCGGUAGAGACGCCUCAGCCGCGGUCUUAGGAUGACGGAGUGGGAGACAGCUGCACCCGCAGUGGCGGAGACCCCAGACAUCAAGCUCUUUGGGAAGUGGAGCACCGACGAUGUGCAGAUUAAUGACAUAUCCUUGCAGGAUUACAUCGCGGUGAAGGAAAAGUAUGCCAAGUACCUGCCCCACAGCGCAGGGCGCUAUGCCGCCAAGCGCUUCCGCAAGGCCCAGUGCCCCAUUGUGGAGCGCCUCACCAACUCCAUGAUGAUGCACGGCCGAAACAACGGCAAGAAGCUCAUGACCGUGCGCAUCGUCAAGCAUGCCUUCGAGAUCAUCCACCUGCUCACGGGCGAGAAUCCGCUGCAGGUCCUGGUGAACGCCAUCAUCAACAGCGGCCCCCGGGAGGACUCAACCCGCAUCGGCCGAGCCGGAACCGUGAGGCGGCAGGCGGUGGACGUGUCCCCACUGCGCCGUGUGAAUCAGGCCAUCUGGCUGCUGUGCACGGGUGCCCGAGAGGCUGCUUUCCGGAACAUCAAGACCAUUGCCGAGUGCCUGGCAGAUGAGCUCAUCAAUGCCGCCAAGGGCUCCUCCAACUCCUACGCCAUCAAGAAGAAGGAUGAGCUGGAACGUGUGGCCAAAUCCAACCGUUGAUUUCCCAGCUGCAGCCCCAAUAAAACUGUUUGCCAUUUAGGGUGGCCCCACC